AUGUCUAACCUCUAUCCAUGGGAGGCGACGAUCUUGCUCGCCGCCACAAGUGGACAGACUGCAAAAAUUCAACAGCAACUAGAAAAUGGCGUGCAUGUUGACACCCGGGACAUGGAGCACGGACGGACUUGUUUAUCUUGGGCAGUUGAGCAGAGAUAUGCUGAUGCUGUACAUCUGCUCCUUCGGUGGAAAGCCGAUCCCAAUGUUCAAGAUGGAUUGGGCCGCACACCCCUUUUACAAGCAAUUGAGAACGGCAACGAAGAUAUCGUCAAGCAACUACUGGACGCUGGCGCAAGUCUUGAGCUAGCUGAUUUUCAGGGCCAGUCACCGUUGAUUGUGGCAGCUAAAGAGGGGUUUGAAUCUUUGGUCAACAUUUUGCUCAAUGCUGGAGCUAAUCCCGACUCGCGAGACUGGCACUACGGCGGGACGCCUUUAUCAUGGUCGGCAAGAAAAGGAUAUGCGAACAUCGUACAGGUCUUGCUAGAUCACAAUGCCACGGUGGAUGCGAAAGAUGAAAGCAACCGGACUCCGUUGGCCUGGGCAGCAAGAAAAGGUCAUGCGCAAAUUGUCAAAUUGCUCUUGUCACAAGAUGCUCGCACAGAUGUCCAAGAUUGCGAUAAGAAUACCGCUUUCGAAUCUGCGUUUGAGCGUGGGCAUGAUGCUAUUGUUCAGCACCUGACAGGAAAGUCCAUUCAAGAGAUCAAUGACAACUUAGCUUCACAGUCCCCGGCUGUCAAGUUAGAAAACCUGCGCGAGUUGUUCAAAAGAUCAGUUAAGCCGAAAUUUGAUCUUCACAACCCUGAAGACGGCGAAGUCCUGGUAUGGGCCAUUCAAAACAACCGCGAAGAGGACGCACUUCUCCUGAUUGAACAAGGAACAGACCUAAAUUACCGAGACGAAAAAGGAACAACCGCUCUUAGUUCGGCUUCAAGCUGUGGUCUCUUAGACGUGGUGAAGUCUUUGCUAGAAGCCAAUGUCAAUCCAGACUCGGUGGAUCAGGAUGGUUGGACUCCGCUCAUGGCAGCCGCUGAAAGAGGUCAUUCUCAGGUGGUCCGGUUUCUUUUAGAGAAGCAAGCCGAUGUGAACUGGAGAAGCCACGACGAAAUGACACCUAUACUAUGUGCAUCAGGUGAAGCGGUCGCGGCGCUGCUUUUGGAUGCGGGGGCAGACCCAAAUGACGCGGACAUGAAUUGCAGGACUCCAAUCACGUAUGCUGCUGAGAAUGGAGAUGAAUCGUUGGUCUUACUGUUGUUGGAAAGAGGCGCCUUGCUAGAUGAAGGCCAGGAGUGUUCGCCUUUGAUGACUGCUAUUAGCCAACACAAUGAGGCUUUUGUGAGACUGCUCCUCGAAAAGGGAGCGGAUCCGUACUCUGAUGAGUAUAGCUGCUGCGAAUAUCCUCCCAUCAGAUAUGCAGCGGAUCUUAACCAGCUUGAGAUAACAAAGCUUCUCUUGGAGAAAGAUGCUGCAUCCGCUGAUAUGAAAAAAGAUCAUAUUCUCCGAGCUAUCGAUUCCGCCUGUGAGAACAACAGUAACGACAUGGUUGAUUUGUUAAUAAAUCAACUUUCCUCCGGUUGCAAAGGUGAUGAUGGUCUGAAAAAGGAGCUACUGGAGCUUGCUGAGAACGUCUUCGAACAAUAUGGAUAUGACCGACUCAUCAAUUGGCUCAACACGAGCAUGAAGAAGCUUCAGUUGGAACCUAAUGAGCACUGA